UCUGGGUCUGUCACAUAACCGUAACAUUAUCUCUGGACUAGAACUGUUAGUGAGUGGUGGUUGUAAAUCAGAACUGAUGUGCUUGUCAUAGCCAUGUGGGGAAAUUCUGAUAGGCCUUGCCUGCACUCUGCCUUCAGGAUAGGACAUACAGCCUCAUUGUCUCUCAGAUGAGCCUCUGAGCCAUCACACCAUGAGUUCUGCCCAGCAAGUCCAAAUGAGAUAGACUUCUGGUCAGAUUUGUAUACUCUUCAGGGACUCAAGCACCUCAGCAAGUAUAUGCAGUGACACCCAGCAACCUUUUCAAAACAUAAGUAGAUUAGUCAACUGGAACACAGCAUCCCGGGUCCUUACGUUAGCAUACAGAAUAAAGGUUACAACAUAGGCCAUUCAGCCAAGCCAGUGCCAUCAGCCAGCCAAGCUGCUAUGAACUCCAUUUCAGGCUCUGUCUCCUGUGUCAGUUCAAGGUGAACCACUCUGAGUUCACAUACCGCCUGCUGGAAAUUCCAGCUGUUAAGUGUUGAUUGUUCAGUCCUUGGGACUUCCACUGUUUCCUGUUCUGCCCCAAGAGCACACACAACCCUUUUUGCCCCUAUUAAGUAGCCAUACCAAGCACAGUAACAAGGAAUGUGUAGGAUUCAUAAACAUAUUAAAAAAAUCCCACUUCAGCAUAGGGGGCAUCUUAAUUCUCCAGAAGAUUAUAAAUGUUCUUCCUUAGAUGAUGCAUUGCUGCUGAUGUACUUUCACUUUCUCUUUGUGACAGGCGGGAGCCACGUCCAUGUGGGCUUCCUGCUGUGGGUUGCUGAAUGAAGUCAUGGGUACUGGAGCUGUCCGUGGCCAACAGCCAGGAUUUGGGGGAGGAACUGGCCCAUUCAGAUUUGCACCAAAUACGGACUUCUCAGCAUAUCCAUCUUCAGGAGCCAAUAUAGUCUGCAAAGCCUGUGGGCUUUCAUUUUCAGUUUUUAGGAAAAAGCAUGUGUGUUGUGACUGCAAGAAGGAUUUUUGCUCAGUUUGUUCAAUCUUACAAGAAAAUCUCAGAAGAUGUUCUACUUGUCACUUGUUACAAGAGACAGCAUUUCAGCGGCCUCAGUUAAUGCGAUUGAAAAUCAAGGAUCUGCGUCAGUAUCUGAUCCUUAGAAACAUACCAACAGAUACUUGUCGAGAAAAAGAAGACUUGGUGGAUCUUGUACUCUGCCAUCAUGGAUUAGGUUCUGAGGACACAGACACUAGUAGCUUGCAUUCUUCAAGGUCACAGACUUCUAGUUUUUUUACACAUCCAUUUUCUCUGUCUGUAUCAGUGUCCUCCUCUCAAGGAGAACUUACAAAUAGAAGAGGAAGCACAGAAAAUGGAACACCUGUACAGGGACAAAGUGGAAUGCCGCCUUCAAAUAAUGAAGAAGAAGAAGAAGAAGAAAAUGCAGAAGAGCAGACCCCUAGCAUGUCCAGAAAGCGAGCAAGAGCAUCAUUGUCUGAUAUUUCAAGUCUGGAAGAUAUUGAAGGGUUGAGUGUUCGACAGCUGAAGGAAAUACUUGCUCGAAAUUUUGUCAACUAUUCAGGAUGCUGCGAAAAAUGGGAACUUGUGGAGAAAGUGAGCAGGCUGUACAGAGAGAGUGAGGAAAAUCACACGACACAGGGAGAGAAGAUGCAACUGAAUGAGAGUGAUGAUAAUCUGUGUAGGAUCUGCAUGGAUGCAGUAAUUGACUGUGUUCUUCUGGAAUGUGGUCACAUGGUCACUUGCACAAAGUGCGGCAAAAGAAUGAGUGAGUGUCCCAUCUGUAGACAGUAUGUUGUACGAGCAGUGCAUGUAUUUAAAUCUUAAGACCAAAAAUAUGUUUUAUAGCCACCCUGAGUUCCUGUAUUUCUAGGGGCAGGACUGAUGAAGCUUGUUAUGACAAACAUUCGUUUCAAUAUGAAUCAAACAUUUUGAACAGCAGGCUACAGCAGUAUUUGAAACACUUUCCUGUGACAGAAUUAAAACAGCAAUUUGGCAACAUGAUGAUGUGUACUGCAGGAGCUGCCUGAGUUACCUUAUAAAGCCACGAACUGCUUAAGUCCAACUGUUUACAGCAGAUCUAGCAUCACUUAUUGCUCUCUUCUGAAGAACAUCACCUUAAUCAUUAAUUUACUGAAGGGUCCAGUAUAGUCAACAGAAAAGUGCUUUACCAUGACCAUCUUGUUGGAUGAUUAUAAUCUGGUUCACCAAGAGCAAUGCAUAAGCACCACUCAAACUUUAUUAAGAGUAAUAUUUAAUAUAUUAGAAUGUAACUGUUCUGACACUAUUGCUACAAUAGUGUUAACAGUCAAAAUAAGAUUGUAGAAAGCACUGCCAUUACAUAAGUGUUUCUGUGCAGGUACAGCUAAUCUAUUUUCAUGCUUAUUGCUUCAUUCAAAUGUCUAUUACAUGUAUAUUGUAUACUGUCCUUGAACAUUCUUUAUCAAAGUGAACUGCAUAUUCCUACAUAGCAUUUGGCUGCCAUUAAACAGAGCUAAUUACUCAAUGUUGAGUUUAAAAAUAAAAUGUAGUUAGAGGGAACCAGGUGUUGACUUCAGUGGUCCCAAAUUCAUUCAAGCCUAUUAUAUUUUGCAAAGACUUUCUGUAUUCCACAUACUGGGAACUUAAAGUGAAUACAGAUCAAUUAUAGUGAAACUAGUAGAUACUAUAACUCCCAAAAGUUAGCAUUUCAAACCUUAACCCAUUAGCUUUUCUGGGGUAGGGAUGGGUUGAGAGGAAAGAAGGAAAAACAGGAUUAAGAGGAAUUGUAGUUUAAAAAACAAAACUACUACUUGCUCACAAGUGGUUUGAAUCAAGACUAGGGUAGUGAACAAAAUUGCCAAUUAACACUGGUGACCCCUGUGAAAUAGGUUAUUCAGUCCAGUUCCUAGAUAGUAUCAAACCACCAUCAGGGGCAAUAAUUGUUCCUUUAGAAUACAAACAUUUCCCUUAAAGGGUCCCCCAGCUGAGGGAAAUAAUGGAGUGUAGUAGGAAGCCAGUAUUGCCCACUACCUUUGCUGUAAUCUGUUCUAGUGCUAGAUAUUUAAUAAAAAAAAACCCUCUAAUGGCAGUUGUUGAAAUGCCUUUAACAUUAUCCAGUGACAACUUUAAUCUGAGUUGAAUUUUACUGGGCAAAUGGUGUUGCACAAAACCUAAUAUUGCCAUAUUGUAUAGGUUUCUUUAAUACCUGGUUCUUUCAACUUUCUGUACAGCCCCCUAUUCAAUUCCCAGUGUUCAUCUAGUUUUGAGAAGGCAAGUGCUAGCAACUGGAGAAAUUAGUACAUUAAAAAUACUUUUGGUUUUCUGUACAGUAGAUAGCCUCAUAUGGGAGGCAGUGUACCUCCAUCUACUUGGGCCUAGAAUGGGGUGGGGGGUUGGAUUUUUUUUAUAAAAGUACAAGCUGCUGAAGUAGGGGAGUAAGUGCAGGAAAGAAUCUUAAGCUAGAUUCACAUCUUUUAUGAAUGGUGGAGUGUGAGAGAGCGCGAAGCAGUGCUAAAGCUAGCUUCUCUAUCUUAGCUACUUUGAGGGGGGUGGGUUUUUUUUUAAAGCUAGGUUUGUUUUAAAUUAGACUCAAGUGCUGCAAUUCAAUCACAGGGCUCCAUAGAGGUGGUAAGAGUUGGAAAUAGAAGACAACCUCUGUGCCUAGCUUGCCAUAUGCUACUUAAAGAUUUCAGGGUUGUUUUUGGCUGGUUAUUUUAAAGAAUUAUUGCACAACCUCCUAUCAUUCUUGAAGAAAACUACUCCAAAACUUUAUACACAAGCUGGAUAUUGGCUAAACUAGCCAACUUGUUAAUACUUCUGAAAGUAUAAAGACAGCUGCUGAUGUUUGGGACAAUUCAAAAUAAAAUAUGCAGUUUACAGAGAAUCUUUAGUAAUAGACAUUACUGCUUAUUUCAGAAGGGAGCAGAACUAGCUUUAUUUUAGAACUUUCUAAAGUUACUGACUCCUUAAAAUUCUUGUUCAGUUGGUAAGUUAAUGUAGGGGAAUGUAGCACAUGCAUUACUUCCAUUCUGAACAAUGGUUGAAUUUAAUAAAAGGUUUGGAAGUGG